UAAUGCUGAAUGAAUGCUCACUCUUGCUCGUGCUCAACAACGCAUGCUGUGAUGCAGAGACGUGACAUGAAAUCGCACUGAUGUGUCUGAUGUAAAUAAUUGGAGACAUCGUUUAAUUCUAUUACAGAGGAUUCAGAGCAGAAUAUUUCAACCUUCACGUUUCUUUUGGAUGCAAUGUCAUAUCUGAACCCACGGGGGAGAGAGCUCGAGCGUUUCGAUGGACUUUCGCUCAUUUACUGGACACUGAUGGGUCCUUAUGGAGUAGAUCGAGCAGUGCAUUCUAUAGAAUUUACAGAUUGUGAGAAUGGAUUAGGUAUCAAAGUGAUUGGAGGUGUGAAAGAACUAACAGGAGAAGAAUAUGGAGUUUAUGUGAAAAGGAUUUUAUUUGGUGGCCUUGCAUCCAACGAUGGAAAUCUGCAGCCUGGAGACCAAAUCUUAGAAGUAAAUGGUGAAAGCUUGAUUGGCGUCACAAGUGAAAGAGCGGUGGAUAUUCUCAGAGCAGCUUCUUCAACCAAUCACAUGCGCCUUCUGAUAGCCAGAGAUGAGGAAGCCAGGCGGGAAUUUUCAGAGCUUCUUGAAAAAUACGGAUCAACCGGCAGCACAGGAUCUACAAGGAAUUCACCUAUUCAGCACGCAGGCAGAUACUUGGACAGCACAUCAUCAGGGUCCUCGUCCAGAUCUCAGAGUCCGCUAUUGCUCAGUCCUGCUGGCUCGCACAGUAAUUAUAACAGUACGGGACCCCUGCUACGCACCCUAAGUCAUCCAGGUGAAGGGGUGAUUCAACUCAUAUCAGUUGCUCGCACCUGCAGUCUUGGGAUUACUAUCGGUGGCGGUUCUAACAGGCCCGACGGCCCUGCGGUCUUCAUUCAAGAAGUGCUGUCUGGAGGAGAUUGUCAUCGGGAUGGACGGCUCAGACCUGGAGAUCAGCUUAUCGCUAUCAACAAGGAGUCAUUGAUAGGCGUCACAUAUGAAGAGGCGAAGAGUCUCCUCAAUAAAGUCAAAUUUAGUCAGGAACAAGUGGUGGAUAUUGCCUUCAUUCCAGGAAAAGGAACGUUCUCCACCAGCGCAUCCUUACAUAACGGAGUUCAGAGAAGUGUUGGGAACGGAUAUAACUCCAGCCGGUUAAAGGUUCACGUCCCAUCUCCUGAGAUGCAACGAGAGGAAACGGCUCAAGUGCUUUCAUCCUCUCCAGAAAUCUGCUCUCCAGACAUACAUGUUUCAGCGUCCACUGCAGUGAGACCAACUUCUGUUUCCAAACCUAAGAUCUCUCUGGAUCCCCACAUACGGCUUAAAUCAGAGAAAGUUGAUCUGGCUCUGUCUUAUCUGGGUCUAGAUGUUACUGAAGAGAAGGGACGACAGUUGAGAGAGAGUUUGACUACAGACCCUCAGGGGACAGUCUCAUAUGGAGACUUUGUGGAAGCCACCCGCAAUGUUUACCAAGAGAAGCUGGAGGAGGCGGGACUCGGACAAGGACCCUUCAUGUUCUCCUAUCAAGAAGCAGCUAGUUUGAUGGACACCUCUGCCUUUCACUCCCCAACCUAUGAGUCCGAGUGCAGCUACAGCAGUGAAGAGCUGGAGGAGUUUCAGACUGAAGUCAAACAACUGCAGAUGCAAAUGAAGCAGCUCAAGGUGUUAUUAAAAGACACAGAAGACAGUAAGAAGACUUUGGAGGAGGAACUGCAGAAGUCGGCUGAGAAGGCCACCGCCACGGUAGAGGAGAACAAGUCUUUGAAGAGUAAGCUGCAGGUAGCCGAGGCCGUUCAGAGACAGACUAACAGUGCUGAACAGGACUACGAGGAAGUCAUUCAGCUUCUGGAAGCUGAAAUCAAAGAUCUAAAGAACCAGCUGGCCGGAAAGAAACAAAGGAGUCUUGGCGCUACCAAAGAGGAUGUGAUGGAUCUGAACAGGAGGCUUGCCAUCAUUGACAGCCAACUGAGAAAAUCUGAACUGACCAGGAAACACCUGGAGAUAUCCAACAAGAAGCUCCUUGGGUUUGCCCAGAAUGUCCACAAAGUUCUCAGCAACACCAACUUGUUCGGGAUAGAAAAUGGGAGCACAAGAGCAUCUCCGGCAAAUGACACCCCAGACACGCCCUCCCCCAUCCCUGACCCCGCCUGCCAGCUCGCAGCAAAGGCCAAAGAGCUUGUGGAUGGUGUCUGCUCACUUUGCACCGAGGAUCACACAUCACCGCAGUAUUCGGAGGAAAGCGGCUUGAACUCUGGAGAGGACUGGGAUUCAGAUGUCAUUCACUGGCCGCAGGCUCCCCUCCUCUGAGCUCCUGCACUAGUGGGACAGUAGAGGAUUUGGGGAUGAACAAAGACUUCAACAAGAAGAACAUCGAAGCCGAACUGAACCAAAACUGGAGAAUAUGAGACUGAAGUUUUCUGAUGUUUUUUUUAUGCAUUUACUGUUUAUUUCAAAUGAUAGCAGACAACUGAGAAGACAUCUCUACUAGUCAAAGCAUCUGUUCAUGUACACAUUCAACCUGUAGCAUUAUUCAGUGUUAGAAAUUAAUGGAAAGUUUCAUCAGUUUAAACAAAUGACAACAUUAACAGAGGUGACUUUAUUCUGAACCGUUUCAAGUCAUCCCAUUGUGCCAUGUGCAACAUUUAACUUAACUUGUUUAGUAAGAAACCGUAAACCACAAUUAUGGUGAUGAUGAGCGUGUAAUAUUCAACAAGAGAAAUAAACAUCAAGUUUAUUAACAUCAAGUUUCCUUAACUAAAAUUUGUUACAUUUUAGUUAGGGAGCAUCAUCAUUUGAAAUGAUGCUUAUUUGUAUCUGUUCUAAGAAGUGCUAUAAUGCUUGAAAGAUUUUAUAUUUUGAGUCCAAAUCUUUUAUUAUUCAGAAACACAUAGACAUGCUCGCAUAUAUGUGCGCAGUUGCUGUUGUAAACCUUGUAAAUACUGCAGCCAAACCCUUCGAUGUCUCUUUACAUCUUCACUAAUGAUGUCAUUUUUUGUCACGUUUGCAGUGCAGUUUAGUCUGAGGACAUUCAUUCUGUUAGGUUGUUUUGGGGAGAUCCUUCAUGGUUUGAUUCUACUAUUGGCUCUGGCAUCUGUGACUGUACCAAUUGUUCUUGAAGGAUUUCGGUUGCCAUGGCACCAUGAAGCAAUGGAGGUCAUAUUGCAAUGCUUCACCCCUGAAUGGAUCCAUUCAUCUAAACAAUGAAGAGAGUUCAGAUUACCAUCCUCAUAACCACGCUGUAUUUGAAUGUUUUUGUCUUGGAAUAUCUGCAGUCAUAUAUAUCAACGUGUAACUCAUUUCCUGAUGACUUAGAUGGAAUUUCAUGUUAACAUUAACCGGUUUGAUUUGUAAAUACACAUGCUCAGAAAGUGCUGAUUUAGUAAUGUGAUUUAACUAGAGUGCAUCAUAUGUGUGGCCUAAAUAUCUUUCUUUUAUUGUUUUUAUUAAAGUCAGAAAAAUGUGUGUUGUGCAUCCAUCUG